AUGGAGGAGGUCUUGGAGAGGCAAGAGCGAGAAAUAAGAGAAAGAAAGCGUAGACGAGCUGCAAGCAAAAGAGCGCAGAGAGAUCUAGAUCAGCAACUUGUCAUGGCUGUGGCCAUGCUUGAUAAAGAAAACCAGAGCUGUCAUGGUUCACAUGAAGGCCGUGCCCCAAAUGUUGACAGACAUAGCCAUUCUUGGGGUAAGAAUCUUAUGGAAGAUUAUUUUAUCCCAACAUCUUUGUAUUCUGAUGGUGAUUACGGAAAUCAGAAAGGCCAAAAAAGCAUAAUCCUUGAAGCCGUUGCAGGUUUCAAUAUAUGGGUCUGGCACGCCUUUUUCGGAGUUGCUGGAUCUCAAAAUGACUUGAACAUCCUGGGUCAAUCCCCGGUGUUCAAUGAUGUUUUGAGAGGAGAAGCCCCAAAAAUCACAUAUAAAGUCAAUAAUACCAUCUACCAAACUGGGUAUUAUCUAGCUGACGGGAUCUACCCGAGGUGGACAACAUUCGUGAAAUCACUUCCGCAUCCCCGAACCCAGAAGCAAAAAUUAUUUGCUACAUAUCAAGAGGGUUACAGAAAGGAUGUGGAGAGGUGCUUUGGUAUCCUCCAAGCUCGGUGGGCGAUCAUUAGGGUUGCGGCGCGUAUGUAUGAUGAUGAGGGUGAUUACGGAAAUCAGAAAGGCCAAAAAAGCAUAAUCCUUGAAGCCGUUGCAGGUUUCAAUAUAUGGGUCUGGCACGCCUUUUUCGGAGUUGCUGGAUCUCAAAAUGACUUGAACAUCCUGGGUCAAUCCCCGGUGUUCAAUGAUGUUUUGAGAGGAGAAGCCCCAAAAAUCACAUAUAAAGUCAAUAAUACCAUCUACCAAACUGGGUAUUAUCUAGCUGACGGGAUCUACCCGAGGUGGACAACAUUCGUGAAAUCACUUCCGCAUCCCCGAACCCAGAAGCAAAAAUUAUUUGCUACAUAUCAAGAGGGUUACAAAAAGGAUGUGGAGAGGUGCUUUGGUACCCUCCAAGCUCGGUAUGCAAUCAUUAGGGGUGCGGCGCGUAUGUUUGAUGAGGAGGUGUUGAGGAGCAUCAUGAUGACAUGCAUUAUCCUUCAUAACAUGAUUGUGGAGGAUGAGUAUGAUUACGAAGCUAAAGAGGUGUACGAACCUGAUCCCAUGAACACGGCAUUGACCCGAAUUUAUGAAAAACCAAUAGGGCCAAAUGGAGGACCAGUGGAGCAUGAACCGUUGGUUAGGGAUGGUAUUUUCAUGAACCGUAUGAUUAAUCGAUAUAUGGAGAUGCAAUCUUCGUAUAUUCAUGAACACCGUCAAGUUGACUUAAUGGAACAUUUAUGA